GUAUUUUAUAAAAAUCAUAUGAUAUUUGAUCAAACAUUCAUUGAGUUAAAAACAAAAAAUGACAGUUUUAUCAGAGACCAAAGGAGACAAAAAUAUAUGGGCAAAUUUGUUAUCUGAGGUACAUGAACAAUCUGGGCAAAGAUUGCCGUCUGGAAAAUCGAUCUUGAUUUUAGGUGAUGAGGGAGUUGGUAAAACCAGCUUAACGAGUAAAAUAAAAAGAAAUCCUGAUGUUAAUAAAGGUUAUGCAUUGGAAUAUUUGUCAAUGGAGGUAAAGGAUGAAGAUAGAGAAGACUAUACUCGAUUAGGGAUAUGGAUGGCAGAUAGUAGAUGUUAUAGAAUCCCUACAUCUAUUCGAAAAACAAGAGAUUUGGCCAUCAAUAAUGAAUUAAAUCAAAAUGUUUUGCCAAAAUUAUUAAUAAAUGCCCUGUCAUCUAAGAACUUUUUGGAUUCAUUGGUCAUCAUUAUGGUUUCUAUAUCUCAACCUUGGACAUUAAUUCAAUCAUUAAAUAAAUGGUUGGGACUUGUUAAAGAUCACAUUGAUAAAAAUUUGAUAUCAAAUUCAAAAAAUACAAAAGCAAAUCUUCACUUAACAAACAUGCCCAAAAAUAAAAAGAAUGUUGGGGAACAUAAUGAAUUUCUAUCUAAUGAUUUAGACAUACCAUUUAUAACCCAUCAAAAAUAUGAAAUAUAUAAAGAAAUCAUGAUUAAAAAGUUUUUGGCUUAUUCUGAACGUGAAGAGCCUAAGCAACCAAAUAUAGACAAAGAUAAUAUAUCAACAGAUUCACAAUUAUUGUCAUUAUUGUUGCAAGAUGAAAAUAUACUCUCUAACAAUCUAGGAAUUCCACUUUUGAUUGUGGUUACCAAGACUGAUGUUAUGAAUGAAUUGGGAAAAGAAUAUGAUUUCAGAAAUGAACAUUUUGAUUUUAUUCAACAACACAUACGCAAGAUUUGUUUAACAUAUGGAGCUGGAUUAAUUUACACAUCCUUUAAAGAGAACAAGAAUUGUGACUUGCUCAGACAAUACAUAUUACAUUUGAUGUACUCUUUUCCUUUCAAAAAGGGACCCAUGAUUAUAGACAAUGAUUCCAUAUUCAUUCCUAUUGGAUGGGAUAGCACAAAGAAGAUCGCUAUACUGAAUGAAGGUCUGAUCAAUAUUAUGCCUGACGCUAAUUUCGAAGAUAUCUUGGGUAGCCCUCCAUUCAAAAAAGCUGACAAUAAAGAACCUGAUAUUUUGGCAGAAGAUGAACAAGUCUUUUUAUCACAUAUGCAAAAUCUACUAUCUCAACCUCUCAAAAAUAGAAAUGAAAUGUUAUCCAAUCGAACUUCAUCUAUAGUCGUUCAGAAAAACGCUCCUCGUUCCUCACCAUAUCAUCAAUCUCCAAAUCAAAUAUUUAAAGAUAAAUCUAUCAAAAAUUACACUGAUUCACCGAACUCCAUGAACCAACCACAAAAUUCGAACACAUCCUCCAUUUUAAUCAAUACCAGUACCCAUAAUACAUCUAUUGGUCUGGGUGGUCAAUCUACGGAGAGCAAUUCUGAAAGGGUUCUAACCGUAUUUUUUAAUAGCCUCCUGAAUAAAGGAAAAACAUCCACCUCCUCUUUGAAUAGUCAGCUCAUCAAUAACCCAUUACUUAAUAAUAGUACGAUAGCUAGUACAAACAGCAAUAUAGGAUUAGACGAUAGUAACCAAAAUUUGAGUAAGAGUGACUUUGAUACUAAUUCAGAAGACACGAAUAGCGAAAUCACUUUAAACAACGAUAGUAAGAAUCCCAUUGAUAUAAACGAACAGAAUAUGUCCUUGAACGAAAUGGCGGAACACCUGAAUAGAGUUUCGGCAUCAACCCCUUUAAAAUCCGAUAUGCAUAUCGACGAUAAACAAAAUAUGUCUGAAAACCAAUCAUCCUUUAUUGUUAACCAGAAUCAAUAAUAAUCUAUAAAAUAUACUAUAUCAUGAUUUUUUUAAAGAUCUUACAUUCGAUUUUAGUAUUUAUGUUAAUCUAUUUAUUAAUAUAAGGCUUAUUAUUAUAUUAUUUUUCUAAAAUUAAAUUAUUUUUAUAGCUAAGUUUUAUUAUAAUAAAUAAUUAUGCAUAUUAUUAAAUUUAUUGAGAUUAAUUUACCCAAUUUAUCUUGCAGGAGUUUUUUUUAAUACCACUAAUAAGAUUGUUUUCGGAUUAAGUUCUAUGAUUAUUUACAUGAUUAAAUUGCAGACUGCUUAC